AUGGCUCUCUGGGGUGAUCUCUGUCGCUUGGCUAUUUCUAUUGACGGUCCUUGGCAUCUAAUGGGAGACUUUAACGCGGUUUUGAGACAGCACGAGAGAUCUGGAGGAUCUAGUAAUGCUUGUAUCAGAGGAGAUAAUGCUUUUAAAGAUUUCGUCAACCGAUGCCAAUUGAUGGAUAUAGGGUACAAUGGAUCUCCAUUCACAUGGCGCAGGGGUUCUGUUUUUGAACGAUUAGACAGAUCACUUGCCUCUUAUGAAUGGCGCAUCAUGUUCCCAGAUGCGUUCCUUACCCAUCUAAACCCUCUGAAGUCUGAUCAUGCACCUAUUCUGCUCAAACUCUUGGCUACAGGGCACAGAAGAAGGGGUAGCAAACCAUUUCGUUUUGAAGCUGCUUGGCUGACUCAUGAAUCAUUCCCAGCAUUUCUUCAACAAGAAUGGAACACUCAUCAAGACUGGAACAAUAGAAUAGACCACAAUGUAAAGUCAUUGCUGGAAUGGAAGUCGACUACCUCCAUCCUUCUUUUUCACCAACAGCACAGGAACACCCCACGGUGA